AGCGGUCUUCCCCGCGGGACGUAACUCGCCAGGUGUCUGCGCGCGGCCGGCCCCGCCCCCGCUCCCGGGCCGAGUGCGCGUGCCUGGCCGGAGACGCGCCCCCUGCCCGGGGAAGGUGGGGGGUGGGGGGAAAGCUGGGCCUCUGCUCCCGAGGCCGCGCUCCCCCCCCGGCUCUGGCCUCAAACCAGGCGUGGGGGCGGGGCCGGAGGCGGGGCCGGGACGGCGGGGCGGGGCUGGCGCCAGUGCCGCGGGCUCUGCUGCAGUUUCGUCCGCAGGUCUCGCGGCAGGCGAGCGCCUUCGUCGCCCCCUCCGGCCCCAUGGCAGCCCUCGGCUCCCCUGCUGAGUGCGGCUACAUCCGGACAGUCCUGGGCCAGCAGAUCCUGGGGCAGCUGGACAGUUCCAGCCUGGCUCUGCCCUCCGAGGCCAAGCUGAAGCUGGCGGGGAGCAGCAGCCGCAGCGGCCAGGCGGCCAAGAGCCUGCGGAUUCAGGAGCAGGUGCAGCAGACCCUGGCCCGGAAGAGCCGCAGCUUGGUGGGCAACGGAAAUCUUCACCGAACCAGCAGUGUUCCUGAGUAUGUCUAUAACCUACACUUGGUUGAAAAUGACUUUGCUGGCGGGCGUUCACCUGGUACUAAAACCUAUGACAUGCUAAAGACAGGCACCACUGGCACUUACGAAAGUCGCUGGGGGAGAGGAACGGCACAGUACAGUUCGCAGAAGUCAGUGGAAGAAAGGUCCCUGAGGCAGCCUCUGAGGAGACUUGAGAUUUCCCCAGACAGCAGCCCAGAGAGGGUUCAUCACUCGCACAGUGAUUUCCAGUACGGCCAGAGAAGCCAGGCCGGGCAGGCUCUGCGGCACCAAGACAGCAGGAGAUCCACCCUCCUCCUGCCGCCUCGAUAUGCUCGCUCAGAAAUCGUUGGUUUCAGUCACUCCGGGGCCACGAGCAGACAUCGCCACUAUGACACUUAUCACAGACAGUACCAGUACGGCUCUGUGAACGACACCGUGUGUGACAACGCCCCUGUCAACCCGGUGGUGCUCACGUACCCCAGGCCUGGGACCAGUCACAGCAUGGGAAACCUCUUGGAGAAGGAGAACUGUCUGACUUCGGGGCCUGCGCCUGGGCACCUCCGGCCACUGGUGCCCCUGCAGGCCGCCAGUCAGAACAGGGCUGCUCAGUCCUGGCACCAGAGCUCCUUCCACAGCACCCGCAUGGGGCGGGAAGCGGGGCCCAGUGUUGCCGUGGGUGCAGGCGGGAGGAGAACGCACAUGGCCGCUGGCCAAGUGGCAGCCUAUGGAAGUGGGAACCUGCUCCUGGAGAGAAGCACUUUCACCGACUCCCAGCUCGGGAAUGCAGACAUGGAGAUGACUCUGGAGCGAGCAGUGAGUAUGCUCGAUGCAGACCACACACCGCCACCCAGAAUUUCUGCUGCAGCUACUUUCAUACAGCACGAGUGCUUCCAGAAAUCUGAAGCGCGGAAAAGGGUUAAUCAGCUUCGUGGCAUCCCCAAGCUGCUACAGCUCCUAAAAGUUCAGAAUGAAGAUGUUCAGCGAGCCGUGUGUGGGGCCUUGAGAAACUUGGUAUUUGAAGACAAUGACAACAAAUUGGAGGUGGCUGAACUCAAUGGGGUACCUCGGCUGCUGCAGGUGCUGAAGCAAACCAGGGACUUGGAGACUAAAAAACAAAUAACAGGUUUGCUGUGGAAUUUGUCAUCUAAUGACAAACUCAAGAAUCUCAUGAUAACAGAAGCCUUGCUUAUCCUGACUGAGAAUAUCAUCAUUCCCUUCUCGGGGUGGCCAGAAGGAGAUUACCCUAAAGCUAACGGUUUGCUUGAUUUUGAUAUAUUUUACAACGUCACAGGAUGUUUAAGAAACAUGAGUUCAGCCGGCCCUGAUGGGAGGAAAGUGAUGAGAAGGUGUGACGGACUGAUCGACUCGCUGGUCCAUUAUGUCAGAGGAACCAUCGCAGACUACCAGCCAGAUGACAAGGCCACAGAGAACUGUGUGUGCAUUCUUCAUAACCUCUCCUACCAGCUGGAGGCAGAGCUCCCAGAUAGAUAUUCCCAGAGUAUCUAUAUUCAAAACCGGACUAUCCAGACUGACAACAACAAAAGUAUUGGGUGUUUUGGCAGUCGAAGCAGGAAAAUAAAAGAGCAAUAUCAGGACAUGCCGAUGCCGGAAGAAAAGAGCAACCCGAAGGGUGUGGAAUGGCUAUGGCAUUCCAUCGUGAUACGGAUGUAUUUGUCCUUGAUCGCCAAGAGUGUCCGAAACUACACUCAGGAAGCAUCUUUGGGAGCUUUGCAGAAUCUCACUGCAGGAAGUGGACCAAUGCCGACGUCAGUAGCUCAGACAGUUGUCCAGAAGGAAAAUGGCCUUCAGCACACCCGCAAGAUGCUGCAUGUUGGUGAUCCAAGUGUGAAAAAGACAGCGGUCUCCCUGCUGAGAAAUUUGUCUCGGAAUCUUUCUCUGCAGAAUGAAAUUGCUAUGCCUCCAACAAAGCAAGUAAAGCUGCUUCUGUUCUCCUCUAUUCUCUGUGGACACACACGGAGCUCCAUAAUGCCUACAAGAAGGCUCAGUUUAAGAAGACAGAUUUUGUCAACAGCCGGACUGCCAAAGCCUACCACUCCCUUAAAGACUGAGGAAAAUGAAAAAUCGUGCUCUCAGAAAUCUCAACUUCACCAUUCUCAGCCACAAAAAAGCCCCAAAGGAAAACACCUAUUUUUCUACUUCCCCGCCCAAGAAACCUCAAAAAAGCAUGCCCUGUUUCUUAGCCUUUUCUAUUUCCAAGGUCCCCAGAAUCCAGAAAACAAAUAAGCAGAAUAUAAUUUUAUUAGUCUUCUAAAAAACUUCUGCAAGUUUGCUACCAGUAGAUACUGGCAACAGGCUCGCUUUUAUGCUCCACAGAUUGCGGUCCUUGUGACCUGGGCUUAUGGUGCAGGGCCUUCCGCAACCAAAAUGUGAAUUCAUGUGGAAUGAACAUUAACAACAACUAAGGAAGAAGGUGGUUGUAUUACUAGGAUUUUAAAAGUUUUAUUUACGUUUAUAUUCCUUUUCUGGUUUCCAUGUUUUGUCACUCAUAUGCACAUUGCUUCGCCUUUGAGCCAUGAUUGUAUUGUUCUGCAGUGUUGAAGCAGAAUGGAAACGACAAGAAAUAUUUGCAGAGUUAUCCAGGAGAAAAUUUAAUGGCAAAAUUAUAUGUUUGUUUACUUUGUGCUUGUUUCUAUCCUCUUGAAUUUUUUUUUCCGAUUUGAAAUGAACUUAAGAAACUUAGAUCACAGAGCAUGCGUGACUCUAAGAAAAUGAAAUUGAAAUGAAGCAAUCACAGCAAAUUUAAAAAUUUUUUCACAGACAAAGGCGACUAUGGUUAUGAAAUUCAAUGUUCCCUCUAACACUGGGUAAACAUGAGUCUUGCUCAAGGAAAUACCUACCCUGUGACAAUACCAUGAAAUGCAAAUCUCUUCUGAAUAGUAGGAUUCAAUGUGAUCUGUUGCCUGGACUUUUUCAGCAACUUCUGUGGUCUGUUAGAAAAAUGGACUCUACACUCCUCAGCUACAAAAGGAACCAGAACCUCUCAAACUGUUGUGUGAGCCCAGGGCACUGAAAAUACAGCUCAUUUUAAUGAAUUACAUAUCAAUCAGCCGAACUUUGCCCAACAUUUAAAAAAUAGCACAGAGCCUUUCAAUCUCAUGUGAUCUUCCUCAAGUCAUUAUUUUAAGUCAAGGAAAUUCUGGAGCAAAAAAAAAUGAAGACAUUACGUUGAGGAAAAAUAUGUCAAGGCCACCCAGAAAUUAUAUGAGAAAUACUAAUAUUGAAAAGUUGACAUCAUCUGCUGAAGCGAAUCUAUAUCAAGUGUUCUUUUAACUGAGCUGUGAUUAAUACCAUUUACAUAAAAUUAGUCUUCUCAACUACAAUUCUGUUAUAUUUUGCUUUUUUAAAAAAAAAAUCUGACAAUGUUUGCUAUAAGAAAAUAAAAAGGAAAAAAUCCGUCAGCUCCUUUUCGCCAGAAAAGUGUAAUAGAAAAAUAAAUUCCCAUUUUCAAUUUGAAUGUGUACUUAAGUCUUUAUUAUAUUUAGAAGAUAAAAUUCUUUGAAUUUUAAGAGCUUGUUGGAGAAGACUUAGAUUACUAACCUAGUUCAAAAUGAAAUUAGUUAGAUACCAAUUUUUAAAUACUGAAGAGAGAAAUCAUCUCUUUUUCUAGAGUUUUGAUGAAUAACAUUUGGAACAUUUUUAUUCCUCCAGGUAACUGAUGGAUGUUCAAGAAGCUUCUGUGUUUUUUAAGGCAUUUCUUAAACACAAAAAGAGGGCAAAAUAAUGUUGCCUGCAUUGGUAUCUGUGUAUAUCUGAUUUAUUUGUGUAUCGUGGUAUAUGUGAUAUGAUUAAAUUUCGGUUGGUAAGGGUUUAAUAAAUGUUUCUAUUUCUUCCCUA